UUCAGACUUUCAGUAGUAAAACCUAGCCCAAUCCGCUCACUUCCUCGAGCCCCACGCAACUCCACUUUCUCUUAAUUUCUCUCCUCCUCCUCCUCCUCGAUUUCCAGCGCGUGGUCGCCGCCGCUCAUCCUUCUCCUCUUCUCUCCCGUGCCACCAGGUCGCUGCUCCUCCACAACGCUGGCCGCUCCACCUCGCCUUCCUUCUCUUUGUUGUCCGGUGGCCAUCGGCGGCGCCUGGAUCUGGAUCAGGUGCAGGUUACGUGAGGCCAUUGGUUGCGUGAAUCCGGGCGGAUCCGGUCGCUAGGCGGCGUGAGGCUGCGGAUCCGACGAGGUCACGGCGGCGGCCGGUGGCUUUUUGUUGUGCUCUGCAAGAGACAACGGGAGGAGAAGGAACAAAGAGGAGGGAGGGAUGCGGCAGGGCGACAGUUGCUUUGGUCGUUGCUGUUGGCUGUGGGGAGGCAUGCUGAACCUGCCGGCUCGACCAGGAGCGGCAGGUGCAGAGGCGCGUGCGAGGAGCGUCGUCGGUCGCCCGUCCUUCUUUCUUCGUCAGGAAGGGCGCAACCUGCUACUCAAGCCCCUCUCCUCCUCUCCUUGCAGAGGAACGACCUUCUCCUUCCCCAUUUAUCUUGCACUGUUGUGCUCUUGCCAAAGCAGCUCCUAACCAAGCAUUCGCUGCUCCUCAACUCUCAGCAGGAAAGGCACGGGCGCCACCACACUGGAGAGAUGGACGAGGACAUGAAGCUUUCGUGGAGACGACAAUGUGGACGUCGCUGCACCCCCCCGCCAUGGACACGAAGAUUCCCAUCCUUUCUGCCCUCGAUAACCACUUCAGCGGUGCCAUGAACGGCAGCAACCGCCUCUUCUCGGCACGCGCAGACCACAUGGCCGUCUUCCUCUCUGGCCUCUUCCACACCAACAGCUCAGGUCAACUAGGAAAUGAUGCAAGCCAAGGCGUUCACACUGAUUUAAUAUGUUUGCUCUAUGUUUGGUCAUAUUGUUCCUGGCGGUCCUGGAAGUAUCUUCAAGUUUUAAUAGAGGCAAUCCAUGGUCCUGAGAUCGACAAAGUUUGUGGCAUCCUUCUUCCUUAUGUAUUGCGUCUAAUUGCCUCUGGUCAUAAAUAGCAAGACACUGAUGGAGGAGCCAUCCAGCUCAUGCUGCGAUUGUUCCAGCUUUCCGUACUAAGAAAUCACUGACUG